AUGGCGGCUGUGACACCUCCUCCCGUAGAGCCGUCCGAACGCACGACAUCGGGUUUGGCUGAGCUGCAAGUCGACGCGCCGCGAGACGGACAUGUGGCGCUGGAGCGGUCCGAGAGUGGGCUAGCCGUGGUGCAAGAGGACGACGGCGUCGAGGACAACGAGGACGAUGAGCCUCCCGAGUUAGAACCGGUCGACACAUGGUCUUGGACUGGUACUAUUGCUGCGUCGACUAUCCGAGGCGCUUUUGAUCAGCCCUCGCCAUGCCAGCCACAGACGCAAUACGAGGGUGAAGACAUACGCGAUCGCUCUCGCCGGAUCCAGGAGCAAUUGCUGCUCGACAGACACGCCCUCUACCUGGCCAUCAAAGCUCAAGAUGUCCUCUUCCGGCUCGAAAAUUCAGAGAACAGGCGGAGCGGCGCGAAAACGCGAGUUGUGGAGGCAUAUGCCCGGGAAUACGCUCUCCCUCCAAACGAGACGAUAGAGUGGCGUUGGAAGAUGCCCACAUACGACCUUGUAGAGCCGGGUGUAGGUGCUGAAGAUGGUGCCGCCGCGCGCGUGAAGGCCAAACUAUGA